CAUUUUGAUGUUGUCGAUUAAUUUCAGACACAAGUAUCUCGCGCCUCGAAACCCUCGAUAAAAUUAUCGAAAGUCCUUCUGGCCAAAAAAAAAAAAAAAAAUCCUCUAAACAAUCUGUUGUGAAAGUUUCUUUGUUUAAGUUUUCAGUUUUCCCUCUGAUUGUCUCUCGCUUUCUUUUGUAAUUUCUCUUUUUUCAAUUUUCCCGUUAUCCGAACAACCUCCUUUAUCUGUUUUUUCGUCUCUUUGCUGCUCUGAGAAAUGGAGAUGGUUAUGGAGGAUUGGCGCUCGAGCAGCUCGCAUUCUAUUCACUCCAUGGCUUUCGAGGCUUUAUCUGCCACUGUUCGAACACGACGGUUUGUUAAGAAUGCAAUACCUAGUACUCCACGAAUAUCUGUAGUUGGAAAUUGUUAAAGUGUUUUUCUAGUUUUAGUGAUUUUUUUCUUUUUUGGAAAUUCGUUGCUUUGACUUUUUGACUAUUUCUUUGCUUUAAACCUGGAAUUUUGAAGAAUUGAAGUAGCGAUAUCUAGGGUUUUUUCAUGAAAUUCUCUGAGAAUUUAGAAGUUUAUUUUUGAAAGAAUCGGUGAAUUGAAUUUUUAGGUACUUGUGGAAUUAGCGCUCCUUUGGCUAGGGUUUCAUGUGGAAUUGCUGAAAAUGCUUAACCUUUCAAGUGUGGAAGAAGUUGAAGAAGCAUGCUAAUUUGAAGGUUAUGGCUUUGAAUGAUGUUUGACCUUCAAAUGAAGUUGUUGUGAAAUUUGUUUCUGUUAGGGCUUUUACGUUUUUGUAAAAUGUUAUAAAGGUAAAAUAAACAAACUGAAUUUGAAUUUACACUAGGUGGAAUUGUGGAUUACUAGGGUUUGGAUUUUAAUCAUAUUGUUUUCGUGGGAAAAUUUGAAUGGCGGAAAGGAGGGAGUUAGGAUUUCCAAGGACAAGUGCUUGUAGUCUAAAGGAACAGUUAGCAAGAACUACUCUUAACAAUGUAAGAUCGCAAGGGCAUACUUUUAUAGAGCUUCGUGAGGAUAGGAAGCGAUUCAUAUUCUUCUGCACUUUGUGUCUUGCACCAUGUUAUAGUGAUUCAGUGUUAUUUGAUCAUCUGAAGGGUAGCCUUCACACAGAGAGGUUAGUGGCUGCUAAGGUUACAUUGCUAGGAACUAAUCCAUGGCCUUUCAAUGAUGGUGUUCUGUUCUUUAGUAAGUCGAAUGAAAAAGAGAAACAGUUGGUUGCUGUAAAUGGUAACGAAAAUAGGUUGCUGGAGUUUGAAAACAAUGAUAAGAACCUUGCUGUUGUGGAAUAUGUUGGCAAUCAAGUUAGUUCCUAUAACAAGAAUGUGAAUGGUGGAGCAGGGGAUUCUGGUUUGGUGAUUCCAGGGGUGCUAAUCAAGGAUGAAGUUUCUGACUUGAAAGUGAAUUUUACUGGUUUUGGGAAAAUUUCAGCCAGGUUCUCUGAGAAGGAUGGAGUCUCAAAUGAGAUUAGAAGAAUAUGGUGUGAAUGGUUGGGGAAAGAGGCUCCAAGAAAUGAUGAUAAGUUGAAGGUUCCUAAGCAUGACUUUGCUGUUGUCACUUUUGUUUAUAAUUGCGAUCUAGGCAGAAAGGGAUUGCUUGAUGAUGUCAAAUCACUAUUAACAUAUGGUUCUCCCAUGGAAUUGGAUAAUGGUGAAGCUGCUAGUAAGAAAAGGAAGAAGUCAUCUUCUGACCCAGAGGAUACAAGUGAAUCUUUGAGUAAUCAGUAUGAUUCAUCUGGAGAAUACUCUUCAGCUUCAAAUAGUGCUUCUUCAAGACUGGAAUUAGAUCGAUAUGAUGAUCAGCUUAUGCUCACAAGAUUUAUAUCAAGUAAGGCUCUAAGGCGAGAGUUGAGGCAGCAACAAAGGAUAGCUGCUGAAAGAAUGUGUGAUAUUUGUCAGCAAAAGAUGCUUCCUGAGAAAGAUGUUGCAACACUCAUGAACUUGAGUACUGGACAACUUGCUUGCAGUAGCAGAAAUGUUAAUGGGGCAUUCCAUGUAUUUCACACUUCAUGCCUUAUACAUUGGAUACUUCUUUGUGACCUUGAGAGCAUUGAGAACCAUUCAGUUAAUCCAAAAGUAAAACGAAGAUCUUGGAGAAAAAAUGGAGUCAAAUGCAAUGAGAGGGGGAAGGAUGGAGAGACUAAGGCUACAGGGACCCUGAUUUCUUCUGUAUUCUGCCCAGAGUGCCAAGGUACUGGUAUUGAGGUUGAGGGAGAUGAGCUGGAGAAGCCUGAUGUCUCUCUUUCUCAGAUGUUUAGAUAUAAGAUAAAAGUAAGUGAUGCUCAUAGAGCAUGGAUGAAAAACCCUGAAAUGUUGGAGAAUUGUUCAACAGGUUUUCAUUUUUCUUAUCAAUCCGGAGAGAUGGUUCAGGAGAAAGUAUCGCCCCUAAAAUUGCUGCAUUUCUACAGUGCUGACAAGAGUGAGUCAGGCACAAGUAUCCUUGGAUGAAUUCUCCAGUUGACCUUAUCUUUGAUGUAAGCAUGUAGGUUGUAGUGUUAGCAAAUAUUUUUAAUCUGUUAUACAUAUAUAGGUAAGGCCAUGGUCGACAUGAAAACCAUGAAUAGCACUUCUGGAAUAGGAUAUUUAUCUUCCCUUCUGUGUUGUAUAUUGCUAACACCUGUCUGCAUUGUAAAUGAACAGGCAGUCAGUGACUUAAUGCUAUAUUGACAUUUUG